GUAAAAGAAAAUACAGAUGGAGAAGGCUAGCUGGAUCGCUGUGUCACAGAGAGUCCCCUUAAGCCUACGUGACAACUCACAUACUGUCCCUUUGUGACCAGCUUAAUCGGCAGAAUGCCCGGUCUAUGUGUGCUUUGUCUCGCCGCUGCGCUGACUGCGUUCGCCCGGCUCGCCGGCACCGUGGGGCCGGUGGUCCGAUGCGAGCCGUGCGACACCGGGGCGCUCAUGCUGUGCAAGCCGCUGCCGAAGGACUGCGCGGAACAGGUGAGGGAGCCCGGCUGCGGCUGCUGCAUGACGUGCGCCCUCGGUGAAGGACAGCCGUGUGGAGUGUACACGGGGCGAUGUGGCUCCGGCUUGACCUGCCAGCACCAGCCGGGGGAGAGUCGACCACUUCAAGCUCUGCUGGAGGGACGGGGAGUGUGCUCCAAAAAACAGAACAUCAUUCUCAAACCGGGGCAAACACAGGAGAACGCUGGUAAUCGGUUAGAAGAGCCUUCUUCCAACGUGACAGCAACGAUGACGGUGUUACCUGGUGUGGUGACUGUGAAGGGCGGGCACAGUCAUGGGUCGAUGGACACGAGACCUCCGCUGCACAACAAACUGAUCCAGAAAGAUCAGAACAGGAAGACUCAGAGUUACAAGGUGGAAUCGGUGUCAGGAGGAGCCAAUAUGGACAUGCAUAACUUCUCCUUGGAGAACAAGAGGGAGACUGAGUAUGGGCCGUGUCGACGGGAGAUGGAGAGCAUCCUGAGCAGUCUUAAAAUCAACAACGUGCUCAACCCAAGAGGCUUCCGCAUACCCAACUGUGACAGAAAGGGCUUCUACAAGAAAAAACAGUGCCGUCCAUCCAAAGGCAAGAGGCGGGGCUACUGCUGGUGCGUGGACAAAUACGGGCAGCCUCUGCCCGGCUACGACGGCAAGGAGCGGGGCGAGACGCUGUGUUCUAACCAUGAGAGCAAGUGAGAGGACGAAGGGACGACGAGUGGACGGAGAGAGGACGGAGAGAGGAGGACAGAGAACAAGAGGGGUGAGGGGAGAGAGAAAGACAGACAAAGAAAGAGAGCCGACUUUGCUCUUGCAUGUAGUUUUAAUCAAACAUUUGAAGGGACUCUGGACCUUUGAUUUCAGGUCCCAUUUCUGUCGGAGAGUUAGGGCGAGAACAAGGGGGAGGGCGAAAGGGGUGGAGCACAGCCUCUGCAACCAGCCAAGCCUCCUGUCCAUCACAGCUAUCUGUCCUGUGCUUAGGGAGCCUCUAUGCUUUCUUUUAAAUAAAAAUAAUUAAGCUGAAAGCUGGGAGAAAAGUUGAAGAAAGAGAGAAUCCUACCAUCUGCACUAUUCUUUUAGAGAGAGAGGAAGGAGGGACUUUUCCACUCACUACAGAGGACUUGUUUGUGACUGUGACCCGAAAAAAAACCCAUACCACCGCCGUCUCUAUUGUGUGUGUCUGUCUGUAUGUGAGUGUGUAAUCGCGAGUGUGUGUUUGUCUUAGUGUGAGCACCUGCAUAAUAUACGUGUGCACAGCUGCAUGUCUGUGCAAGAUGCCGUAUGAGUGUGCACUUUCCCAAAAGUGUUUAUUUGUGUAAAUACUGUAUGUCACUAAGCUCAGUUUAGCGAUGUCAGACUGCCCAUCCCCAGCACCUGCUCCAUUAAACAAUGCAGAUAAAACGCUCUCUGGCUCAGGGUCCAUUUUGAAGUGAAGGUUUAUGGGAUGGCAGGGCUUUGACUUCUUAUCCAGCAUGAUGGCCACCAGGGGCCCUCCUUGCUGCCUCGGACUUGUCCCUCGCCCUGCAACUGGGAAGGGAAUAGAAGAAAACCGUGCAGUUACCGUGCCUUAAAAACAGACAUUUCCAUGCCUCCCCUCACCUUCACCCUCUGUACUCCUCGAUUAAAGGAAUACUUAACAGAAAAUCUACCUUUUGAAUAUCAAAAACUCGUCCCCUGCAGGCUUUAAAUGCAGCUCUGAAUAAUUUGCAGCUUACACCUUUGUGGAGGACAGCAGCUUUAGUUAGCCUGAAAUCACAGCAACUACAAUAGAUUUGAAGGGCAACAAAGAGAAGUUGUGUAUUGGUAUGGAACAUACCAAAUGGAUGGUGGAGAGGUGGACUAUGCUGCAGCAGUGGUUUGAGAAGUUUCCAUGGACAUUUUGAUGCUUUUUUGGGAUUAUGGGUUGCCAAUGGAGUCCACGGUAACUGCUGUGAAUCCAAGCUAACUACAGCUGCUGUUCUCGAUGAAAGAGCAAGUUACAAAUUUUUAAAGUAUUAUUUUAAGGUGCUCACAUGCUGGCCGCCCUGCACUCUAGUGAGAUUAGUCUGUCUUCUAGUCUCUUUCCCACCACCUCCUGUCCCUGUCCACAUUCAUGUCCCUGUUCCAAUAUGGCUGUAACUGUGGAAAGCUGAUGAGGUCAUUAUUUGUCUCUUUUUCCCUGCCAUUUGAUGUUUUAAUGUCUAUUAAUGUAGUUUUAUAUUGCCUGCUGGUAUGUAUAAACGCUGUUGCAGUCGCGUUUGUGAGCGCACCUCUAUGCUCCUGCACAUGUGUGCCAGUGGAUCUGAAUGCCAUUCUGUAAGAUAUUCAACCUUUUUGUCCCGCAUAGAAAUUCCAAAAGCAAUUUUACUAUAUUGGAACGUUAAGAUUUCAUUUUUCGAGCACUUUUGGACUUUAGUAAUCAAUAAAGUGAUAAAACCUGCACGAUGUAAAGAGACACAGACUGGCAUUGUAGUCAUCAUACAGAGUGGCUAAAAAAUAACCUCAUUGGCUUUCUAUAUGUAAACUGCUCUCCUAUGUCCUCAACCCUUCUUUGUCCCAUGUCCAUCAUGCAGCUCUGGUGCUGAGCUCCUCCAACCCUACAUGUCUUCACCCCAUGUCUAAAAAUGUGUCCUUGUCUGUGUGCCUCAUCCCGUCCCUGUCUCCGACCCACAAACCCGAGCCCCAUUUCAGCACCCUGCCCUCCUCCAGUCCUCUUCCUGUCAGUGGUGCAACCUGGUGUAGGCUUGUUUGUACGGGGCGAGCCCGGUGUGACCGGCCCGCUCUUCCACAGGUGCCAGCUGCCCCUAUGCUUCAAGCCCAAGCACAAGCACUUAAAGCACUUUAGCUGCGCCGCUACUCGUCAUUGCAUGCAGUUAAAGACAAUUGGACCUAUCUGAAUCUGCAUACCUUUCCUUCGAGGUAAUGUCAGAUGAAACAGUGUGAUACUGUAAGAAAACAAUAAUAACCUAGAGAGGAGAAGAAAAAGAAAGAAAAAAAAAACGAAACUACACCAGGACCUUCUGACAGAGAACUUAGCGAACACCCCUCAGAAAUUUUCCAUUCAAUGCAACUAUUUUCUUUUUUGUUGUUGUUGUUUUUGUUUCUUUGAAAAAUGCUUGUAUGAUGGUAUGCCAACAAAUCUCCACAAGGUGGACACAGCACCAAAUAUGCAUUCACACAAGUGGUAGGGGGUCUGAGGGAGGAGGCAGGGUCCUCCCAGAGGAGCUUCCGGCCCGAUGCUCUCCCACAUCCUGUGUAAAGACUUGAAAAGUGGAGAGAGCGCCGACAAAGAAUGCUUGCCCAGUAGCUUGGUAGCAUGAAAUCGGCUGUACACUUCCUUUAAUAGACAGCAGCAGCUUACAACCAGCCUGUUGGUGCUAUAUCCCAUCUAUUCAAAGACUUGAUGUGAGGGGAGGAACAUACAUAAAAUAUGUUUAAGCUAUUCCCUCCCUAAUAUUUGUAAGUGUGUCUUUUUAUAUAUUAUUAUUAUUAUUAUUUCCUGGCCAGCUAUGUGUCUGACUAGACAUCAUGUACAGUACUUAAAAAUGAAAAUUAUUUAUCUAAGAAAGAAUUAUAAGCUGAUCCAAACUAGGUUUUCUUAUGAACAAUUAAGUGACUCACCGAUUGCACAGCAAAGUCUAUAUGAUUCAGUGUAUUUUGGGGAAUAUAAUCACUAAUGAAUGUUUUAUUUUGUAAUGGAACUUUUCCUUCUGUUGCUCAGCAGUGUCAUUUUUAAGCUCCGUGCCCAGCAGGCGAGUUUCAGCCUGGGGCAAAAUCUGUGUCAGUCAGUCACUCAGGUCUCUGGUCAUCUUAUUUCACUGCUUCUUAAGGCAAGUGAACCUCACACCUCUUAGUAAGUCACUUCUCUCCAUGCACACCCAGCCAUCCUUCCUCAGUCUGUUAGUGCAGAGCCAGGGUCACACUUCUGUAACGUCACUUUUGAUUUUUUUAUUGUUAUUUUUCCCUGCUGGUCACAUUAAGAAUCUCUCUGUUCACGGGUAAAUGUAUUUUGUUUCGAGUUUUUUGACUCAAGCUUUUCAUGAUACUAAACUAAAAAAUCACACAGCUAUUAUUUUCUCUGAGAAAGGAAACGAUUUUGAUUCAAAAUAUAAUUUGUAUUUAAUGUCUUUUUUUAAAAUAAAAAUGAACACAUUUUAA